GGCCGAAUCGACCGGUUCUCUGGCCAAUGAAAGCAAAGUAUUGGUACUAUUCUCGGGCGGAACCAUCGGAAUGAUGAAGAACCAUAAGGGAGUAUAUGCGCCAAAAGCUGGUGCUUUGGUGCCGGCCCUCCGAAAGUACCCCCAACUCCACGAUCCGGAAUAUGUGAUCAAACAUAUGAAAAUGCCUGAGAAUCAGUCACCACUUGUCUUACCAGAUACGGGCGAAUCAAGUCGUGUUGUGUACACCAUCUAUGAAUACGAGCCUUUGUUGGACUCAUCCAACUUCACGGUUGACGACUGGAUCACUAUCGCACUCGAUAUACAGCGAAAUUACCAUCACUUCAACGGUUUUGUUAUACUUCACGGAACCGAUACAAUGUCAUACACGGCGUCCGCUCUGUCCUAUAUGUUGGAGAAUUUGGGCAAAACAGUGGUCAUAACCGGGAGUCAAAUCCCAUUGUUUGAGCCCCGAAGCGAUGGCCGCGAAAACUUACUCAAUUCGUUGAUAAUUGCGGGCAAUUAUUGUAUACCAGAAGUGACGAUACUAUUUAACAAUAAGCUCAUGCGAGGGAACCGCACCUGUAAAGUGUCCACAAGUCAUUUGGACGCAUUUGAUUCGCCAAAUAUGGCCCCUUUGGUCACAAUCGGCAUCACUAUUAAUGUCGACUGGAACAGUGUCUUCCGGUGGCCAACAGUUGCCAAGUUCUGCGUCCAUUCGAUUCUGUCGCCAAAUGUGGGACUUUUACGACUGUUUCCAAGUAUAUCGUUAGAAACGGUUCGGGCCUUUUUAACACAUCCCAUAGAGGGUGUGGUUCUCCAGACAUACGGCGCCGGGAAUGCGCCGUCCAAUCGGCGCGACAUUCUGGAAGAGUUCCGUAAAGCCACAGAUCGGGGCGUUAUUAUUGUUAAUAUAACCCAAUGCUGGAGCGGACAAGUGGUGGCCAGUUAUGAGACGGGCAACGCUCUCGUCGAGGCCGGAGUCAUAUCCGGUUCAGAUAUGACACCCGAGGCCUGUCUCACCAAACUUUCAUAUGUUUUGAGUAAACAAGAGUGGGAUAACAAACAGAAGAGA